AUGAAGCCCUUUAGAUUUCCUGAACCUUUCACAGGUGAUAGUUGCUGUCAGGUUGACGCGGAACGACCAGAUGUGAUUCAACGACUACCGCAUCCAUGGUCAUAUCCGUUCCCGACUGAUGAUGCUGCUCACUCCCAGCUGUCUGACGAUUCAGAACCUGGAUGCCCGGAUGAUCUUGAGGCAUUUGCAAAGCAGUUCAAGCAAAGGAGGAUUAAACUUGGUUACACCCAAGCGGACGUCGGUUUGGCAUUGGGAACCCUGUAUGGGAAUGUGUUUUCUCAGACGACGAUUUGUCGAUUCGAGGCGCUCCAAUUGUCAUUCAAGAAUAUGUGCAAACUGAAGCCGUUACUUUUCAAAUGGCUUGAGGAGGCCGAUUCUACUUCUGCCAGUCCGAAUUCUGCUUUCGAGAAGAUGACAGGUCAAGGCGGAAGGAAGCGGAAGAAAAGAACAAGCAUAGAGGUCAAUGUGAAGUCUCGCCUGGAAUACCACUUUCAAAAGAAUCAUAAGCCAAACGCACAAGAAAUACUACAAGUAGCUAAUGAGCUCGGAUUAGAUAAGGAGGUGGUUCGUGUGUGGUUUUGUAAUCGACGACAAAAAGAGAAACGGAUGACACCUCAAUUUGACCAGCAGAUGAUGAUAACGAGCCCUUAUCCACCAUCAGACAUUUUUUCCUAUCCAACUGGAUUACCUAUCAAUCCUGGCCAGUUUGAGCUUCGUACUGGCUCAGGGUCCACCUGA